AUGCUAUUGCAUCGAAAUGUCCAGCGAGCUCUUCCAUUGAUCUCGCGGCCUCACAUUCGCCUGUCGAGGCCACGGAAACCGCUCCAUCCAGUAGUUCCCUACCACUCGGAUCGGCAAUUCUCUCAGGGACCCAUCCUGUAUAAUCCCACUCCCGAUCCUCUCGAUCAAGAUGCGAACGCGAGGGACGACGAUCGGGGCCGAACCAAUGACUCGGAUCCUACCUUUAAAUCCACCAUCCUGAGAAUGUUGGAGACUGCGGCGACAACAUUCGCCUCCAUCGCGGUUCUGGGCUUGGCUGGGUACUCCUAUCAUCAGUACUACAAGUAUGUGAUUUUGCAGAAGAUGGAAAAUGCCUUCCAGCCGGGCGACCCGGCCCUCGAGGUCGCAGGUGUGGAAGCCGACUCGGAAGAUCACUGGGUAGUCCGCGACGAGCAGCCCAGGAUUGACGCCAUCAUCAAGGGCAAGGCCGGCGGUCGCUAUUUCCUCAUAAUCGGAGAGAAAGGAACCGGGAAAGCUUCCAUGCUCCUCGAAGCCAUGCGCAAAAUCAAUGGCGACGGCUGUUCCGUGUUUGAGGCCCAUGGCGAUUUGGAAAUCUUCCGCAUUAGAUUGGGAAAAGCGUUGGACUUUGAGUUUCAUGAAGACUACAUCGGAAGUCUCUUCAGUAUCAAGGGCCCUCGAGAUACCACCGCUCUACUGGAUAUCGAGCGUGCCUUCAACAAACUGGAGAAAGUCGCCCUGAAGAGAAGGAGCCAAGGCUUACCGCCAUUGGUUAUGAUUAUCAACAGUACGCACUUGGUAAAGGAUGACCAUGACGGCCAGGAUCUUCUCGAAAUGAUCCAGCAACGAGCCGAACAAUGGGCGGCCAGUAACUUGGUGACCAUGGUGCUAAACAGCGAUGACUACUGGGUCUAUGAGCGAUUGAAACGAUAUGCAGCGAGAAUGGAGGUUAUUCCGGUUUCCGACUUGCCCAAACAACGGGCAAUGAGCGCCCUGAAGGGUUACCGGAAGCGUUACUUCGGUGAAGAACUGUCUGACGAGGUUCUCGAGGAGGUGUACGACAAAGUUGGCGGGCGACUGUCAUACCUCAAUCGCGUUGCAAAAGCCAAGGAUCUUAUGAAGCUUUGCAACUCUAUCUGCGAGGCCGAGAAGAGCUGGUUCCUCAACAAAUGCUGGAUCCUUGGACCUGAAAUGGACGACGACGUUAUGGACGAGCAGAAGUUCUCGUCUGCCGCUAUGGUUCUUGCCAAGGCACUUGUUGACAAGGAGGGAGAGAUGGAGAAGAACUACGACCCUCACAUCGGUCAUAUUCUGCCCGAGAUUCCGCUCCACGAAGCGCGGCAGAUCAUGACCAGAGCCGACUUCAUCCAAAGCUAUGAUCAUGAGAACAUCUUUACCAUUGACUCACGGGCCAUGGUCCGAGCCGAUUCGGUCCCUAUGCAGAGGGCAUUCCGCGAGAUCUGCGGCAAACCUGGCUUUGAGAAGCACCUCGAGGGCACUUUGGAGCGCAUCGGAGAUAUCGAGAGUCUCGGCCGUACGCGAGAGCUGACCAUUAAAGAUCUUUGGGAUAACGGCAAAUAUCAGCUCCGCCUGCGGGAUUACAAGGGACGCGACAACGGCUCGGCCGAGUUUUCAGUUGUGGAGCGCCCGGAAGACAAUGAGGAUGAUUGA